AUGAUCUACAUUUUUCGCCUAGGGAGGUGUUGGACGUCCUUCCGUGGUCGUGGAUUGAACGCACUUCGCAGCUCAUCUUACAGACUCCCUAUUUAUAGUCUGCUUCUACCGUCCUCACUAGUUUACACAACUCUGGCACAUCAAUUGCUGCGUAAUGACUCCCUUGCACCCGACCCAAAAGGAGAUACUUUUGAGAUGGGUCUCUAUAUGUCAUCACAACGAGAGUUAAUGCAACACGUCCUGAAUAAACGGAGCCGCGUGCUAUCUCAAUGCCGAACAAGAGCAGCACGUUGGCUUACUAAGGCAUGGUAUAAAUUCAAGGACAACGCACUUGAGCCGGUAUUGACAGUGUUCAGAUUUUUACAGUUAUCUGCUAUCUUUAUUCCAGUAUUGUUGGCGUACCCAAUUUCAUAUUUUGGUCACAACAUAAAGAUAGGGAACGCAACUUCCACCGCAAAAGAGACGUUUGGUUCCUUUAUAUGGUAUCGUUUGCUAAGAUAUGCCCUUGAACUUGCUGGUCCUAGCUUUAUCAAGCUAGGUCAAUGGGCGGGCUCGAGGACAGACAUGUUUUCUCAAGGAUUAUGCAUUGAGCUGGGGAACCUGCACAGCAACGCCAAAAAGCACUCUCUUUCUUACACAAAACGUGAGAUCUGUGAAUCACUUGGGGUGAAUUCUCUUGAAGAAAUCUUUGAUGAAUUUAAACCCAAUCCCUUAGGUGUUGGUGCCAUUGCUCAAGUCUAUGUGGGUAAAAUGUCCACCGAAUUCGUCAAGAAGCGUGAAAUUAAGUUAGGACCGGACGGCAAUAGGUGGUGUGCUGUAAAAAUUAUACAUCCGCAUGCACCCAGGAAUAUCAGUAGAGACUUGAAAAUCAUGAAGUUCUUUGCUGACGCCAUUGAUAUGAUUCCUACAAUGGAAUGGCUAUCCCUUCCUAACGAGGUGGAGCAAUUUGCUAUUUUGAUGAGGUUACAGCUGGAUCUAAGGAUAGAAUGUUUGAAUCUGACACGAUUUAAUGAAAAUUUCAAAAAUGCACUACAGGUAAAGUUCCCACGAGGGUUUCCAGAACUAACAACUCGGCAAGUAUUGUUUGAAGAGUACAUCUACGGUUUUCCAAUGGAGGAAUUCCUCCAUGUAAAGGAAGAUAUUAAUGACGUGAACUUAUGCAAAAAAGUAAGUGAUCCGUUCAUUGACGCAUUUCUCCAAAUGUUAAUUCUUGACGAUUUUAUUCACGCAGAUCUACACCCCGGUAACGUUAUUCUCAAAUUCGUAGAAACCAAUAAAUAUGAUACGCGAAUUGUAUCAGAUGAAGCGGAUUCCUUCAACCUUAUUCAUGGACUCCGGGAAAAACUGAAAAAUGGUGAUGAGAGUUUUAUUGCUAAUCUUCGAAGCAUUCUCAAGGAUUAUACUCCUCAAAUAUGUUUUAUCGAUGCUGGAUUGGUCACUGAAUUGAAUGAUCGCAACAGAACCAAUUUCAUCGCCUUGUUUGAUGCGUUGGCAAAAUUCGAUGGUUAUAGAGCUGGUGAAUUGAUGAUUGAGCGCUCUAGAACCCCAGAAACAGCUGUAGAUAAGGAGCUCUUUGCUCUGAAAGUCGAAAAACUAGUAAACAAAGUCAAGAAGCGCACUUUCACUUUAGGCACCGUUUCUAUUGGAGAUUUACUUGAUCAAAUGUUGAGUAUGGUUAGGGGACACCAUGUAAGAAUGGAAGGAGAUUUUGUCUCAGUAGUAGUAGCUAUCCUCUUGCUGGAGGGAAUAGGCAGACAAUUAGAUCCAGAUUUGGAUUUGUUCGCAAGCUCAUUACCUAUUUUACGGGAAUUUGGAAUGAAGCGUGAGGGAAGAAGUAUACUACAAGAUGUUGGAACCUUUUCAAUGUUGAAAGUUUGGCUAGGUUUGGAGGUUCGGCACUUGAUGAAUUUGUCGGUGAAACAAAUUCACGACUUGGUUAAGACUGAUCAAUUAUGCCCCAACUACUAA